GCCUACCUUGCUGGCCGGGUCCUGCGUGACGUACGAUCCAGACUCCCACGCUAUUGGCCGGCGCCGCUGUCUGUUAGUGUCCGAGCGGCCGCCCUCUCCGGUGGGGUAGGUUGAGCGGAGCGCUGUCCAGUCCAGCUCGGUGGAGAUCGGUGAUAUUACCGGGAUUAUCGGCAUCCAGCGGGCGGAGCGUGAGGGGAAACUGCGACCGGGGCCGCUUCCUGGAGGGAGUGGCGGAGAAUCCAGACAUGGCGGCGGCAGCUCACCCGGAGAUGGCGUCUGAUGUCCCUGCGCUUGGCGUGACUGCCUCAGGAAAUCCUGGUUCAAGUACACAGGCUAGUGUGUCAAUGGUACAGAGAGCCAAUAAAAGGCGCUCCGGGUUGGAUUUUGAUGAUGAUGAUGAUGAUGACGACUCCAACAGCAAAUUUCUCAGGUGUGAAGACGACCAGCUCCCUAAUGACAAGGAGAGAUUUGCAAGGGAGAACCACAGUGAGAUUGAACGCCGACGAAGGAAUAAGAUGACCGCGUACAUCACAGAGCUGUCAGACAUGGUGCCCACAUGCAGCGCUCUGGCACGCAAGCCAGACAAACUCACCAUCCUGCGCAUGGCUGUCUCUCAUAUGAAGUCCCUCCGAGGCACUGGGAACACUUCUACAGACGGCACCUAUAAGCCCUCCUUCCUCACUGAUCAGGAGCUGAAACACCUGAUUUUAGAGGCAGCAGAUGGCUUUCUCUUUGUGGUGUCCUGUGAAACAGGCCGUAUAGUGUAUGUGUCGGACUCUGUCACCCCUGUCCUUAAUCAACCUCAGUCUGAAUGGUUUGGAAGCACCUUGUAUGAUCAAGUCCAUCCAGAUGAUGUGGACAAACUGCGCGAGCAGCUCUCCACAGCCGAAAAUGCAAUGACAGGACGGAUCCUGGACUUGAAAACGGGUACAGUGAAGAAAGAGGGACAGCAGUCCUCCAUGAGAAUGUGCAUGGGAUCCCGGAGAUCGUUUAUUUGUAGGAUGAGGUGUGGUAAUUCUGCUAUUGACCCAACCUCCAUGAACCGGCUCAGCUUUAUGAGAAAUAGAUGCAGGAACGGAUUGGGUCCACCCAAAGAAGGAGAUUCCCAGUUUAUGGUCGUACACUGUACUGGGUACAUUAAGGCAUGGCCACCAGCAGGUGUCAGUUUACCUGAAGAUGACCCAGAUGCAGGACAGAGCAACAAGUUUUGUCUGGUGGCCAUUGGCCGUUUGCAGGUCACCAGCUCUCCCAACUGCACAGACAUGAAUAGCAUCUGCCAGCCCUCUGAGUUCAUUUCCCGACAUAAUGUAGACGGCAUGUUCACUUUUGUGGAUCACCGGUGUGCAGCCACAGUUGGCUACCAACCUCAGGAACUCUUAGGAAAAGAUAUUGUGGACUUCGCUCACCCAGAGGACCAGCAGCUUUUAAGGGACAGUUUACAGCAGGUGGUAAAAUUAAAAGGCCAAGUUCUCUCUGUUAUGUUCCGGUUCAGAUCCAAAAACCGCGAGUGGCUUCUGAUAAGAACCAGCUCUUUCACCUUCCAGAACCCAUACUCUGAUGAGAUUGAGUAUAUCAUCUGCACAAACACAAAUGUGAAGAACUCUAACCAGGAGUCACGGCCCACUUUGUCCAACAGCGUGCCGAGGCCUUCGCUCACCCAUGGCAUUACGCACAACAUGGAGAUGGCACCAGGUCCGCUGGCAGGGAGGCAACAGCCAAAACCUUCUCAAUCCGAACUGGACGUGGUCCCCAGCAGGGAUACAAUGGCCGCUUACAACCACACACAGGUCCCAGUUCAACCUGUAACGGCCUCCAUCUCAGAACACAACAAAUCCUUGGAGAAAACGGAAGCUUUGUAUGUCCAGGAAAGGGAUCCGAGGUUUGCGGAAAUCUACAACACCAUUAACUCAGAUCAGAACAAGGCACUCAACACCAGUGGAGUCUCUGGGAACCAGCAACUCUUCCCCCAAGCCACUACCUUCACUCCUGCCCCUCGGCCAGUGGACAGUUUCAGAAGCGGUGGCAUGGCACCUCCGGUCAAUAUUAUUCAGCAGCCGGUGUCCGCCGGACAGAUCCUGGCCCAAAUCUCUCGGCAUACCAGCCCUACACAGGUCACUGGAACAAACUGGAGCUCUGGUGCUCGCCCUACAUUUACAGCACAGCAGGUACCACCGCAGACGACGAAGACGCAGUCUCCACAGUUUGGCAUAGGGAAUUUCCAGAACACAGCUGCAAAUUUCAGCCCAAUGUCCUCACAGAGUUCGACAUCGUCACCUGCGGCCACGGCCUACCCCAACUUAGCCAACCGCGCCAACAGUUUCGGUAAAUCUGUGUUAGCGGAGGUGGGGCGGACCCGCCAAUUCCAGACACGGGCAGCUGACGCGGUUGGCGUGUGGCCCCAGUGGCAGGGCUCUCACCAUGGACAGAACGCAGCAGAGCCUCGUGUCCAGCAGCAGUCCAACCAUUCUGAGGCCUUUCCGGAUAUGCUUUCCAUGUUGGGAGAAGAGGUGUCAAGCUACAACAAUGAGGAAUUUUCCGAGCUCAACAUGUUCCAGUCCUUUGCUGAAUAAAUAGGCGACUGCAGUACAGAAUAAUAACUUGAUGCUUAUAAAACAGCAUCCAGUACUCUUUCCUACCAUUGCUCACUCGAAUGUCUUUAUUUCUCUCUCACGGAAUCACGAGAGGAUAAAGAACGUUUGUGGUGAGAGCAAUGUGAACGAGAAGGACUGUAACCCAAGGAGAUGAUGGGUGAUUACAGGGACGCCACAGAACUGCCUUUUAAGAACUCGUAGAGAGGUUCAGUGAUAUCACUCUGCAGUCCUCACCAGCUUUAAACCCUGUGACUCAUGGCAAAACCUUAUUUUUCUACGACACGCCACGUUCCUAACCUCGCUAAGAUCCUGAUUGGGUUGUGACGGAGACGCACGUGGAGUCAUGCAUCACUUUGGAACAUUUCAUGAAACCUAGCUAACAGUUUCUAGCCAAAAAAAAUAGCCGGAACCUAAAGGAAUUCAUUUUAGGAUCUGUCUUUCAGGGAUAACGUUUGCGUAAGAUAAUCAAUGAUAGCUGGUGCCUUUUUCUAUGAUGUUUGGAAACAUUUUAUGCGAUUUAUUGCUUGAGGACAAUAUACACGUUUAUUAGUUGAAAGGCCCUGUUAUCUGUAUCCCACCAUUACUUAUUGUGAGGAUAUGUGCAGAUUGGAGCACUUUGUGUAAUCAUAUUGGCUUUUUUAUAUAUAUAAAAUAUAUAUGUAAGUGAGACACUUUUGCUGUCCAUCAUACUCUUUCUUUUUUUAAGCAAUUAGUCGAAAGGAAAGGAGGCAAAGGUCGAUAUUUCACCCUCUUUAUUUAAUGGGCAGGCAGCUGGGAUCACCUGUUAUUUGAGAAGCAGAGAUCUACAGCCAAUCCUGAAAUUUUCUGCAAAAGCUACAGGCAGCAGGUAGAAGUGACACCUCUGCUUCUUCUCGAGGUCCGGUCUCUGUAAUCAGAAAAGAGUCGAAUCCAAGUCAAAGCAGGGGAUAACUUUAAAUAUGUCACUUUAGCACUUAAUAUUUUGCUGUAGUACCCCAGGGAUUGGCAGAUCAUUAUGGGAGUGGUGGUCCAAUAGUUGGACAUCCACAUAUAUCUGUAGCAUCUUGCUAUUAACCAACCACCAGUUGGUUAUGUGUGAUUUGAAUUAAAUGUACCCUGUGGCUCCAAGCAGAGUGCCCUUCUACCACCAAUGCAUAGCUUGAGCUUAUUUUUCAUAAUUGGUUAUUAUUUUUAUAUCUUAUUUUGUGGAAUAGCCAUCGUUAUUUUAUAGCAGACGUUCUUUAAGGCAUUGUGACUCAUUCAGUAGAUUCAUUACUGCUGAAUAUCAUGUACUAUAUGUGACGUGCCACAUAUUCAAAUCCCUUUCGGAAUUAAAAACAAAUCAGUUAACAAGGCUUUAAUUCUCCAAAUCAAAAUCUGCAAUAAGCUCCCCAGAUGGCAGUGAUUUCACUGAGCUCGUUAUUAAACCCAUUUGAGGGCCGUUUGGGUACAUGCAGAUUCUCAUCCUACAAAGCACUUUACAGAGCAGAGCGGCUUUUCCUUAACAGUUGAUCAUUUAUUGUUGAAUGCCACCUAUUUCUUUUAAAAUAGAGUGCAGACUUGUCCCACCUGUCUGACAUUGUUCAUACCUUGCAAAUAUUUAUACUGAGAAUGUUGGAGUUUGUUUUUCCACCAAAUGAGCAACAAUUUCAACAUGCAUACAGCCGCCUCUCUGAUCUCAUUCUGUCCUAUUGACAAGAUUAUUGCAAAUCCAAAACUUUUAAAAAAUAUUGCCAUAAAGACUUUUUACUUUUGAAAACUGUGUCUAAAGAACAAAACAGAUGGAUUUUUCCGAAUCUCCUCUUUAACUCACUUUCUGUGCAAAUUGUUUUAUGUGUAUACAAUAUAAAAUAAUAUAAUUUUAUGAUUUUCA